AUGCGGCGCCUACAGCGGCGCCUUCUCAGCGCGCACACGCCGGUACGUUUCUUUGACAGCGAUGAGCGCUUCGGCAAGGAGCUUGGCUUUGGGCACAAGAUGCGCGAUAUCCCAGUACUGACCGGCAACCCGCGUCCAGUAGCUCGAGAAGAGUCGUGGCGGUGCGCGUACAAGCUGAGUGACCGUAUGGAGUUCGUGGUGCGCGACAUCCUCACAAAGAACAAGUGGAGCCCCUUAGAAGUGGACCGAGAGCUGGCGCACAUAUUUGAGCGCAAGGAGGUCGGCAGUCGCUCCUCUCUCAACACCUGGUCGACCGUGGAGGAGUUCCAGCGAACGCCAUGGUACCGGCGCUACAAGCCGACGGAUGACACAGCGGCCAAGUUCAUCUCGUACGAGGCGAUGAAGCUCCUCGAGAGUGCCUUGAUUCCGCCUUCGCUACGCACGGACCCGUACGCUCACCUGCGCAAGAGGCAUAUGGAGGACAACUGGAUGAAUGACAAGUUCUCCGAGGACACGGCCAGGUAUAUUACGCGAAAGCAGCUGGCGCAGCACACGAAAGGGAUGCCGCAGUACGGUCAAAUGAGCCGCCGUAAGUACAUGGAGUUCGAGAAAAAGUUUAGGAAUAUGCACGGCUCCAACAUGCAUGUGAAUGAGGUGUACUCCGCCUGGCUGAAUUCGCUCGACGCCCAGAAUGGCGAAAAGCGGUGA